GUUCAACCCUCACUCAAAUCCCGGGAAGGAGGGGCGGAGGGUUAUGUCAUCCUUCCGCGCCGGCCUGCCCCGCGACGCGCCGGCGGCUGGCGCAGCCCUUCGCUCGCCCGGCCUCCCCCUCCCUGGUUCCGCGCUCGGGUUCCGCCAUGGAAUCCAACAAGGAUGAAGCCGAGCGCUGUAUCAGCAUCGCCCUCAAGGCCAUCCAAAGCAACCAGCCCGAGCGGGCGCUGCGCUUCCUGGAGAAGGCGCAGCGGCUGUACCCGACGCCACGAGUCACCGCUCUGAUCGAGUCCCUCAACCAAAAACCACAGACUGCCGGGGAUCAACCUCAACCCACAGAUACAACCCAUACCACCAACAAGAAGGCAGGCGGGACCGAAACCCCCUCAGCCAAUGGCGAGGCCGGAGGAGGAGAGAGCACCAAGGGCUAUACCUCAGAGCAGGUGGCCGCUGUGAAAAGGGUCAAGCAGUGUAAAGAUUACUAUGAGAUCCUUGGGGUAAGCAGAAGCGCCUCUGACGAGGACCUGAAGAAGGCCUACCGCAAACUGGCCCUCAAGUUCCACCCAGACAAGAACCAUGCGCCUGGGGCCACGGAAGCUUUCAAAGCCAUUGGCACAGCAUAUGCCGUACUCAGCAACCCAGAGAAAAGGAAACAGUACGACCAGUUUGGUGAUGACAAGAGCCAGGCUGCCCGCCACGGCCACAGCCACGGGGACUUCCACCGAGGCUUUGAAGCCGACAUCUCCCCGGAAGACCUCUUUAACAUGUUCUUUGGUGGUGGCUUUCCUUCCAGUAACGUCCACGUGUACAGCAAUGGCCGAAUGCGAUACACCUACCAGCAGAGGCAGGACCGCAGAGACAACCAGGGUGAUGGCGGCCUAGGAGUAUUCGUCCAGCUGAUGCCGAUCCUCAUCCUUAUCCUCGUGUCGGCACUCAGCCAGCUCAUGGUGUCCAGUCCACCCUACAGCCUGAGCCCGAGACCGUCAGUGGGCCAUAUCCACAAGCGAGUCACUGACCACCUGAACGUCGUGUACUACGUGGCAGACACCUUCUCUGAGGAGUACACAGGCUCCAGCCUCAAGACAGUUGAGCGGAAUGUAGAAGACGACUAUAUCGCCAACCUCAGGAACAACUGCUGGAAGGAAAAGCAGCAGAAGGAAGGCUUGCUGUACCGAGCCCGCUACUUUGGUGACACAGACAUGUACCACAGAGCACAGAAGAUGGGCACCCCAAGUUGCAAUCGGCUGUCAGAGGUGCAAGCCUCCCUGCAUGGAUAGUUCUGGGCCAGCCACACCACCCAGGUCCAAACUAUGAAAUCCCUGGAGAAUUUUUGGUGACACACACUGAGCCAGCCAAGGUGAUGGACUGUAUAUUUAAGGAAAGACAUACACAGAAAAAACUAAAAUGGAACUGGAGGCCGAACACCGCACAACCGUCCUCUCUCGGCCAGUGAAUGCAGAAAGCUCUUAGGACAGACAGAAAGCCUGCCUCAGGGCUGCUUCCUCCUCUCCCAGGGCUGGCAAGAAGCUCCGCAUCACUGGCUCCUAGGAUACCGAAACCAUGGCAACGAAAGUAGAAUGUAAAACUUGCAGCAAAUGUCUGUGGGGAAGGACUGGGGGAGGGGACAUCCCACUGUCUCUCCUCCCCCUCCCUGGAGCUGCCACCCGUCACUCACAGGAGAAACCAGGCAGAGGCAUGGGCCAAGGAACAGAGAGGAGAGAACUCCAGAGAACAUAACUUAGAAAUGCGUAUGUAUAUAUAUCUAUUUAUAUGUAAAUAGACAUAUAUAAAGAUAUAUAUAUAAAGUCUUUUAAAACUAUGCAGGGAUUGGGUUAAGAUGUUCAGCUGACUUGUUCCAUAUUUUAGAAAACGGGGCCUGUUUGGGAAGGCAGCCUGGUUUUCAAAAGUUAGACAGUAGCCGUAGCCGACAGCAUACGGAAGAGUCAGAUCAGAUACUGUUAGUGUCGCCUUAGCCCCAGCCUGACUGAUGGCAGCAGUAAUCAUGGUGGUAUAAAUCCAUAGAAAACUUCCAAAGGUCUCCAGGCUUAUGGUUAAGGUAGGGGAAGCGAGCUGAGGGCAGGGAAAGGUGCCCCCUGGAGAUAGCUGCUCAGUACUGGGCCAUAGCAGAGACCCCAGACAAGGCCUUCUGGGAUGAGGCCAGCUCCUCAUGCUGCCUCCUCCUUGGCCAGCCUCAGGUGGGCUCUGUGCCCUCAUGCCCAGGAGCCCUGCAGCCACCCCCCUGCCCGUACCUCUUCCCCACCCAAGUCCCCAGGUUUGCCUUACAGGUGCCACAGGGCACAGCUCCACCAUUGCCAACAGGUUUUCUCUAAGUUGCGCACCAAGGACUCCAGAAGGCUCUUCCUCCAAGAGCUGAGCCAGGACCUGAGUGCAGCCCAGCUUGUGGAGAGCCAGUACUGUGAGCGCCUGUCUUCACUCCACGGUGGGCCACCAGGCUCCACUCACUGGAUGAAGAAUCCACCACAACCAGAAUGGCUUCCCCCUUCAGAUGAGGCUUUUUCUCAGAACAGCCACUGCUGCCAGGGGAAGGAGGAGGGUUUAAUCUCCUCCCGCGUUUAUAAUGGGCCUUUGGGAAUUGCCGUUUCCCCUAGUUUUCCUGUGGCUGUGGGUGUGCCAUUGCACCUGCUGACUUCCAAAGCCUUACUUCCCAAGCUGCCAGCCCAGAGGUGGUAACUGUCCCCCAGGGUCUCUCUCUCCCACUUUUUUUUUCUUUUUCUUUUUCUUUUUUUUUUUUUUAAUACAACCCCCAAAUAAAUGGGAUGCUUGCUGGGAAAGGAAGUUUGGUUAGGAAUUGUCAAAUCUUUUUUUUUUUUUUUAAACAAAGUCCCACCCUGCAAUGAAGUGGCCACCCUGGCCUAGAGAGAUGAUAAUAACUGGAUGCCGGCCAGAGUACCCCACACACAGUGGCCUGGUGCUCUGCCUCCUACCACCCCAACUGUCCGGUCUUGGUAGCUGUCCCUAGAGGGGCUGAGCCAUGUGCAAUAAGAACAUAGACCCUAAAGGAUCCCCGAGAAGCUGUAUUUCUUGAAUUAGAAUUCUGAUAUUGUACAUCUAUAAAUAUAUGUUUAUUAUGUGA